CCCACCAGGAAGUGAACAGACUGAUCGCAGCGUUGAUUAAAACACUCCCGUGUUAAAGCUGGACUAAAAUAAGACUAAACGGAUUCUCUUCUAACAGUGGAGUUACAGAAAUAGUUGGUCUAGGAUUAGUGUGUUUGAUUGUUGUCCCAGCAGGUUUGUCCCGUCUAAAUGUGAGCUGAAGCUGCAACUCCUUUUCAUCAUGUUACCACCUCAGAAACACCACCUGUCCCACCUGCUUCUCACAGUCCUGCUGCUCGGCGGCUGGACAGCAGACGGAGCUCUGAACGGGUCGGAGGCGCUGACCUCUGUGCGGCUGGCCGACGUCCCCUCCAGCAGGGACAUCGUGGUGAAGGAGGGAUCCAGCACGUUGAUUGAGUGCAACGUGACCGGAGGAUACGAUGACAUCAAGUGGUACAACUCUAAAGGACCUCUGCUGGGUGACGACACAGAUGGGAAGUGGAACGUUCAGGAGAAGGGCUUCCUGAACAUCACCGUGGUCUCCUUCAAGGACCGCGGCCGCUACACCUGCGUCACCGACGGGACCAAAAGCUACGCCGUCACUCUUCGCGUAGCCCACACCGACAGCGGCCUGGGCCUUUACUACGUCAUCGUCUGCCUGGUGACCUUCACCAUCAUCAUGAUCCUCAACGUGGCGCGCCUCUGCAUGGUCAGCAGCCACCUGAAGAAGACCGAGAGAGCCAUCAAUGAGUUCUUCCGCACCGAGGGCGCGGAGAAGCUGCAGAAGGCGUUAGAGGUCGCCAAGCGCAUUCCCAUCAUCACGACGGCCAAGACGCUGGAGCUCGCCAAGGUCACGCAGUUCAAGACCAUGGAGUUCGCCCGGCACAUGGAGGAUCUGGCUCGUAGCGUCCCCCUGCCGCCGCUCAUCCUCAACUGCCGCACGGUCACGGAGGAUGUCGUGGAGACGGGGAACGCGGGGCCUCACCACGCGGAGAAGGUCGGGAUCUCUGUGUCGAGGACCAGACAAGCUAUCGGCCCUCCAUCCGCCGACAGAGACGGGGAGGAGGUGAGUCAGGCGCUGCUGCCAAGAGGAGGGAACAAUGAAGGCGGCGUUUAUGUCAAAGUUUCCGUCCACACAGUGUCUGAGAAGAUGGAGAGCGAGGAGAAGGAUGCUGGGAUGAGCCUCCAUGUGCCAGGCUCACGGACAAGUAUGUGCUACGAAAGCAACGUAUAGGCUGUCCGAAACUGAAUCCCAUCAGGAGACAGACACCUCACACUUCAGACGGUGUCUAACUGUAAAUUCUUAGAAGAGAAGAAAAAAAAAAAAAUAAUAAUAAUUGUGGGGUCUGUUUACCUACUAGAUUUUUGGAAUUCUGGUUCUCCAUUUUGGUUCUCACUCUUAUCAAAUACAGGGUCAAAAUUUUGUCAUAGUAGGAGAAGAAAUCAAAACAGCUAUCUCGCCAUGUACAAGUUGAUUCUGGAUGUUUUACACUUGUUCUUCCUUUUAGAUGGGCACGGGUGAUCUCGGACAUUAUAACUUGAGGUGUGGCGAUCAAAAUACAUGCUGAGUCAUGUUCCUCCUCCUUAUUGCAUAAAGGUGUUUCCAUGUGAUGUUGAAAGACGCGCAGUAGGUCCAAUUAUUCUUUCAAAAAUCAGAAUCCUUCAAUUCUUAGAAAGUUGCAAAAAAAGAAAAACGCAAAUUGCGACCGUCAACAGAGCUCAUAAUUCUAUUUUAUCUUGCCUUAAAUACGUUUACUCUUUAGUUAUCAUGUUUGUAUUGUGGGAUCUCUUCUACUUUCAUAUAUCUGCUGCUAAGCUGUGUUCCCACAGAAUGGAGCUGAUUUUCCUAGACACCAUUUGCUGCCUUUUCCCUUUGACAGUCAGUCAGCUUCCACAAAACAAAAUGUUUUAAUUAGAUAUAAUUAUUCCACUGUGCCGAUUGUUUUCAUGUCUCUGAAUCCUGUCGAUCAUCUGACACUCUCAGGAAGAAGUGGGAGACUUUGAAAUAAGGCCUCAAAAACAUGUCAAAUCACAGAGAAGGGAUUGAUAUCUCCACAACUCUUUGUUAAUCAGGAUGGCAAAUAAUUACAGGUUAGCUUUUUUCUCCAGAGUGACUGUUUCUGUGAAAGAAAAAAAAAAAAAAAAUCAUUAGCAAUACACAAUGUUUGAGGAUUUUCUUUUUAAAUGUUGAAACAAGCUUCCAGCUACUUUAACUUUCAGAAGCAGCAGAGGAACUGAAAUAUAUACUUGAUUAUUUUUGCAUCAUAGCUCCAAUGUCCACUGUGAUGGAAAAUGUCUGAAAUUGUGCUCAUAAAUAUGCAGCUGUAAUGUAUCAUAUUUUGAUGUGUGCAUGCCUUGAAAAGUCAGGGACUUUCAUUUGUUAUGAAGAAGGUGAUUCAGCGUUUUCUCUCUGUAUUUGUAGUGACAUUUGUUAGUAUAGAACGUAAAAUGUGACUCAUUUUGGGGCAAGUUUGUAAUUUAUUUUUUGUGUUGUGGUGCAGAUCAUCCAUGUGCAGGUUAAGGUGACUAAUGACACCAGUGUCUCUAAAUGGGGUCACAAAGCUUAAAAACACAAGACACACAAGAGUUUUUUUAUCAUAUUCCAAUAUACAUUUUUAAAAGUAACAAUGUGUGAAAUGUUUUGACAUUUUUUUUCUGAGCCCUUUUUAACUCUUAAAAAACAUUCAAAACAUUUUACAUCAAAAAAUUACUUUUCUAAUAGGCCACUGGGUGGAGCUGUUGGGUAAAAGAUAACUUUUGCAUAUCAGCUAUAACCUUGGUGCUUUUACAACUAAAACAUUCCUGGAGUUUGACUGCUGUGGAUGAACACUUGAUAUCAUUUAUAAAGAGGAAUGUGAGAGCUGAACUUUGACUUCAGAUUUCUGCGACUUAUUUUAAAAUAUGUAUUUGUACAAAUGUCUGAACAUGUGUAAAGCUAGAAUGUCAUAUUGUUAAUAUGCACAGUGUCA